CUGGGAUUCUCUUUUCUGUGAAUUUGGCAGCGGAGUCAUUUGCGAACAUCACUCUUGAUCCUCUUGGUAUUUUCUACAGCGUGGCCAUGGCGUCUCCCCGACUUUUCCGACCCGCAGCUCGUCUGCUUUCUUCGCGCCUGUCUGCGACCCCCAUCCGUCCUGCCUUUUCUCAGCCCUGCACACCUUCGAUUCUGCGCUUUCGGGGAUAUGCGACCGAGAACGGUACCAAGGAGGUCACUGUCCGUGAUGCUCUGAACGAGGCUCUCGCGGAGGAGCUGGAGAGCAACCCCAAGACCUUUCUCCUGGGUGAGGAGGUUGCGCAGUACAAUGGAGCUUACAAAGUCACUCGAGGUCUUUUGGAUCGCUUUGGCUCCAAGAGGGUGAUUGACACCCCCAUUACGGAAGCAGGAUUUUGCGGGUUGGCAGUUGGUGCCGCUCUGGCUGGAUUGCACCCCAUUUGCGAAUUCAUGACCUUCAACUUCGCCAUGCAGGCUAUUGAUCAUGUUAUCAACUCUGCCGCCAGAACACACUACAUGUCUGGAGGUAUCCAGCCUUGUAACAUCACCUUCCGUGGUCCUAAUGGAUUCGCAGCUGGUGUUGCCGCUCAGCACUCCCAGGACUUCUCUGCCUGGUACGGUAGCAUUCCCGGUCUGAAGGUCGUUAGCCCUUGGAGUGCUGAGGAUGCCAAGGGUCUGUUGAAGGCCGCCAUUCGCGACCCUAACCCCGUCGUUUUUCUGGAGAACGAACUUAUGUACGGCCAGACUUUCCCCAUGAGCGAGGCUGCUCAGAAGGAUGAUUUUGUCCUUCCUCUCGGCAAGGCUAAGAUCGAACGCCCCGGAAAGGACCUGACGAUUGUCACUCUCUCGCGCUGCGUUGGACUGUCUCUCAACGCUGCUGCUGAGCUGAAGCAGAAGUACGGUGUGGAGGCUGAGGUUAUCAACCUCCGCUCCAUCAAGCCUCUUGAUGUCGAGACCAUCAUCCAGUCUCUCAAGAAGACUGGCCGCCUGAUGUGUGUUGAGUCCGGCUACCCUAUGUUUGGCAUUUCUUCCGAGAUUCUCGCUCUGGCGAUGGAGUACGGCUUUGAUUAUCUGACUGCUCCUGCGGUCCGCGUUACUGGUGCUGAGGUGCCCACCCCUUACGCCCACGGACUGGAGUUGAUGAGCUUCCCCCAGGAGGAUACUAUUGUCAGCCAGGCUGCCAAGCUACUGCGAUUGUAAAUUUGCUGUUUGUGAGUAGGUAGUUACAAGGGGGUGUUGGGACAGAUUUUGAGAUGUAAUACACCCGACCACACGCAGUACCCUUUUUUUUUUGUUGCCUGCUGUCCUCUUUUUUUUCCCCCCCCGUUCCCGUUUUUAACAGAUUUUUCUCGAUUCU